UCUCGCGCCUCGCCUCGCUACUCACUCCAACACCAUGUCUCGCCCCUCUGCCUCUGCCGCCGCCGCUGCCGCCGUGGCCAAGCCUGCCUCUUCCGCUGCACCUGGCUCGACAGCUCAGGCCUCGUCUGGUGACUUGGACGCUGCCGCCCUGGCUCUGUCUCUCACCUCUGGCCCCCCUACCUCGAUCCGCCUGGACGGUCUCGCCCUCACAAAGCUGGUGAAGCACUCCAAGGAUGCCCACCCUUCCACAGCUACUGGACUACUUCUCGGUCUCAAUCUAGAGGGGGCUCUCGAAGUGACAAACCUCUUUGGUCUGCCGCGGAACGCUCUCAGGAGCGACGACUCGAACGAUGAGCGCGGUAACGCAGCUGCCUCUGCUGGCUCGUCAAAUGCAUCUGCUACUCGCCAUAUUACCACUGCCCUCUCGCUGCUGUCGUCCGUGAAUGCUGAUGCCAACCCCGUGGGAAUCUAUGUCUCGUCGUUCUUGGGAUUGGGAGCCAUCUUCACCUCGCAGGUGCUGGAGGGAUUGAAGCUCGUUGGAAACUUGAUGGACAAGGAGGGAGCUGCUAGUGCCAAGGGUGGAGACGGAAUGGAGAGGGCCGUGGUGCUCGUGCAUGACCUGGCGCAGUCCGCUCAAGGCAACACAGUGGUGAAAGCCUACCGUCUCUCCUCUGAAUUCGUUGCUGCCUACAAGAGCAACGACUUCACCACAAAGGGUCUGAUUGACCAUCGCCUGACCUCCUCCUCGGUCUUCCACGAGCUGCCCCUUUCUCUCCACAACACUGCGCUCCUGGACGCCUUCAUCUCCACCCUCUCAACGCCAUCAGCCCCUGCACCCUCCAUCCUCCCCCCUUCGAGCUCCUCGCUUCUAUCCCACCCGCCGCGAUCGGCUAUCGAGCCAGCCUACACAAACCUAGCCCUCGCCCACACCCCCGUCCUGUCGUCUGCCUUGGAGCAGACACUGGAGCAGGUAGACGACUACCUCAGCGAAGCCGGCAACGUGGGCUUCCAGUCCCGCCAGCUCGCCCGGGAGCGCACCAAGCUCGAAGCCUCGAUCGCUCGCAAGCGCACAGAGAAUGCUGCCCGUGUGGCUCAAGGAUUGGCGGCUCUGCCUACGCUGGGAGAAGAGGAGAGGAAGCUGGCAAAGCUGCUCAAGAGCGAGCCCAACAGGCUCGAGACGACGCUCAUGCUUGGUGCACUCGAUGCAAAGGCCAGGAGGACUGCAGAGGAGAGUGCAGCGGCUACCGUCAGACUCGAGGGCGCCAGGGCGGGCACCAUCUAAGCCUUAUGCGGUGUAUCCCGUUCAAAAUUAUGCAGCAUCGCCAUGUUGCAUGCGUUCCUCUUUCCUCAUUCUCGCCUUGUCUUGUAGAGUACCUCUAGACAAUGUAUACACAUUCGUCACCUUUGCUACAAAG